CCUCCUCUCUGUCCUGUUCUGUCCUCUCAGCUCUCAACUUUCGUGUGACGAGUUCAUAUACUUGUUGGUCACUACCAAUAACUACAAAAACAAACGCCAAAAUUUUUUUGUGCUUCCUUUUCUCCCACUAAUGAAAAGUUUCGAAAAAAAAAAAAAAAUAAUGUAGAGCCUCUUUGUUUUUAUUAGUUAGUCAAAUAAAAGUGCAUUCGAGUGUUGUGUGUUGCGUUGUGGAUCCCUUGAGAAUAUAAUCCUCCUCCAUUAAGUUUUUCCACACUUUCGCAACUGAUGCGACUAAUACUCGCAAUAAUAAAAUUGUUUUCGUCUCAUUGUGACAAAAUAAUUGUAUAAUUUACACUUCUCUUGGCACUAAACAAAUAAAUAUAAUUAAGAAGAACGAGACUCGGCGAAGAAUCGAGUAAUUUUAGUGAAGAAUGAGUUCGAAUAACGCCAGAGCAUUGUUUGCUUGCUCCAGGUGUUUUUCAAGGCAUCCUUUCGAGGAAUUAUCACCGGGACAGCAACUUUGUAAGGAAUGCCGUGGCUCAUUUCCCGUGGUCAAGUGUACGUACUGUCGGUCAGAGUUUCAACAGGCAAUUAAGGGUAAUACAUGUACCAUAUGUAAAAAAUGUGAGCAGAAUGUCAAAGCUUAUGGUAAACCGUCAGCUUGUGAGUACUGCAACACUAUUGCAGCAUUCAUUGGUAGUAAAUGUCAGCGUUGUACAAAUUCGGAAAAACGUUAUGGCCCUCCUGUCACAUGUGAGCAAUGCAAGCAAAAGUGUGCCUUUGAUCGACAGGAUGAAGAUAAAAAGGUUGAUGGAAAAUUACUCUGCUGGUUAUGCACACUGUCCUAUAAGCGUGCACUAGCUAAAACGAAACAGUCUGAUGCAGAUAGAAGAGCUCAUUUGAAAUUAGCACACGAACGAGCUGCUAAACACAAAGAGCAAAAAUUGAAAGGACACAAUAAACGACCCCAUCGAAUUGAUGUUACAAAACUACCCCCUCAACCAGAUCCGACAGAAGUCAGUUGUCCAGCACCCAUGAAGGUUGCUCGAAUGGUGGGUGCUCAUGAUCCACAUGAUCCAAAUAGCUCCGACCAUGUUGUUGCUGUGACUCAACUUAAAGAGAAAAUUGCACAUCUCCAGAAGCAAUUAUCGCAAAAGGAUAGUCAACUAUUAACCAAGGAUAGACAUAUAACGGAAUUGAAAGCGAAAAACUUUACUGCUGAAACCGAGUUGCGUAAUAAAAUGAAAGCAACAGAGAAAGAGUAUGAGGCUAAGGUGUCUGGAAUGCAACAAAAAAUUUCGGGAUUAUUAAAGGAAGUUGCUACAUUAUCAAAAAGUAAUAAACGUGGUGACAGACUUGCUGCAACUAAAAGUGAAACUGGAACCAAUAGCGGUAGUGGAACAGACAGUCCUGUACCUUGAUGCGGGUUACUGAUUAGCUGUGACGAGACGUUGAAUAUUGAAUGUCAAUACUCGAAUUCACAUGAUCCACCAAAUACAUAUAGAAAAUGCUCUCCAUUCAAAUUAUUAUUAUUAUUAUUAUUAUUAUUAUCUAUUCCAUUAUUUUUCUCAUUACGAAUAAGCAAUACGACUGAACCUCAUACGUUUAACCUGAAAACAUUAUUUUCCAAAUUUCUAAAAAUUGCAAAAUUCCUAUCAACUCUUCAAUUAUGUUCAAUUCAUUCAAUAUCAA